CCCUCGCUGAGACACGACACGAUGGAUGCGCCUUCGUCGCGCGGCGGAGGCAAGUCUGGCGGAGGCGGUGCGUCCCGAGGAGGCGGUGGAGGAGGAGGCAAGGGUAGAUCAAAAGCAAAGACGCCUCGACAGGGCUCGGUUGAUUCCAUGGGAGGAGACGCGACGGCGAUGACGACGUCGACGUCGACGUCGACGCCUACAAAGGCCAAGAAGGCCAAGGGCAAGGGUCGACCGCCCGGCUCUGGGUCAGGCGGCGCCAAGGGUGGGAAAAAGGGGCGGAACAGGAGCGAGACGAGGGAGAGCAGCCUGGCGGGCAGGGGCUCGGCCGUGCCGCUCGACCAGGAAGACGCCAGAGGCGGUCCUUCGUAUGGAGAUGGAAACGAGACACGGUAUGGGAACGAGGAAGAGGAGGACGAGGAGGAGUACGAAGAGGCAGGCGCUGGCGGCGAAGAUGGCGCAGAAGAUGAGGCCGAGGGUGACGACGAAGGGCUGCUCGAGGAGGACGAGUGGAUACGGCAAGAGGCCGUUCAAAAGGCCCGGCAGGCCAACAUUGGGCCCCUUGUAGAUGCAAUGACCGAGGACCAGCGCGAGCGCUUCUUUGCUUACCGCUCGCAGAAGCUCGAGAAGAGACACGUCCGCAGACUCGUCAACCACCUCACCAACCAGAGCGUCACCGACAGCGUGGCCACCCUCGCAGCAGGUGCGGCCAAGAUCUUUGUGGGCGACAUCGUCGAGCGAGCCCGGGCCGUGCAGCAAGAAAAGGGACAGGCAGGCCCGCUCAGGCCAGAGCACCUCCUCGAGGCACACCGGCUCUACCGGGAGGAGAGAGAGAAGCCGGGCAGGUAUCCACCGGGAGCACCCAACGCAAGCGCAGGUGUGGCAGGGAGCGGCAAGAGGAGGCGGAUGUUCUAGUCCUUUGUUCAUCAAUAUUCCAUCAAUGUAUCUCUAUCAUGGUAGCACGCUUGGCACAUUUGUCUUUCUCCUACUCUGCCUUCUUGGCCUGCCUCGCCUCGAUCUUCUCC